AAGAUGGAAGGUGGUAGAUAUUCGGUUGAUUUGGGUAACCUCCAACGCAAUCGAAGGAACGAGAUUGGGAGGAAGAAAUCCCGCAAAGGUAAAGAACUUGCCGGUUCUUCAUCUCAAAGCCGAGAUGAUUUUGAAACGGGUUACCAAAGGCGAGAUGGAGAUGCGAUGUCCGAAGAACAACUCCAACAAGAAUUGGCCCGACAUAAUAACCGCUUUCUACAACAACAACAAAUGCCGACGACCAUUGUCGAAGAGGAGCUUGAGGAUGAAGAUGCGGAGGAAUUGGAACCGGAGACGGCCGAGGAGGAGGGUGCCGGCAGCCACGACGCCGACGAGCCUGCCUCAUCCCAAACCGCCACCGGUAAUAAAAAAAGUAAGUCUGAACUAAUGAAAAAUAAUUUUGAUAAAUGGAAGGACCCACAAACCGGCUAUUGGCACGCAACUUGCAAGUGGUGCAACAACAAUUAUAGUUUGGGAACCUCCGGCGUAUACGGAUCCGCCGCAAGGCAUCUUAAGGCAAAGCACCCCGUGGAGUAUGCAAAAUUAGGCGGCGGAACGGGGAAGCAAACUCAAAUAUCGAGAAAAUGAUGACUUUGACGUUCUAGACUGGUGGAAGUCAAAAGAAAGAACGUUCCCGAUUUUAGCACGGAUGGCUAAGCAAGUACUAUCAAUGCCGGUUUCAACAGUUGCUGUGGAACAAGAAUUUAGUUCGGCCGGCAACGUCCUAACGGCAUCUAGAUCGAGAUUGAGCGCGGAGUCUCUUGAGACGCUUAUAUGCUACCACGAUUGGUUGAAGGCUGCACGUAGAACUCAAGAAUUGAGCAUCACCCCCUCCCAAGAUUUUAUGGAUGACUCAACAACCGAUGGUGGCUCUACCUAUGCCGGAGAUUCCGAUUGAUUAGUAUUUUAGAAUUUAUUAUAAAAUGUAUUUU